AGCCGUCAAUAAAGAAAUAUGUUUGCUGUGAAAUUCGAUUUAAAUAUUGUAAAAUAAUGUGUUAAAACCUAAUUUAAAGUGAAAGGACAUUGUUGACAUUAAUUUAAGAUAAAAAUAUCACUAAAACAUUGCUCUACUUUGAGGUGAUUUGCGUGUUUCCCAUUCAUCAGUUUAUAAUGUAAUUAAUUUUCUUUCUAAUAAAAGACUACCUUUUCAGUGAGAGUGGUUUUUUAUUUAAAUAUUAUGUCUGUACAUUAUAAAUUUAAGUCAGCCCUAGAAUAUGAUACGGUUACUUUCGAUGGCCUACAUAUUUCUGUAAAGGACCUGAAAAAUGCCAUCCUCCAGCAGAAACGAAUCGGUAAAAGUACCGAUUUCGAUUUGCAGGUUACUAACGCACAAACUAAGGAAGUAUAUGAUGAUGAAAAUGCCUUAAUUCCUAAAAACACAUCACUUCUUAUCGCUAGAAUACCCACAAUUGUACAGAAAACAAAACAGUGGGAAGGCUAUGGUGGUGAUAGUACACCCCCUGCCAAGGUCGACGAAGGGGGGCCGAUUGCCAAAGCAGUCGAUUUGUCUAGUUUAGAUGCCCCUGAAGAUGACAAAAUUAAAGCCAUGAUGUCUCAGUCGACUCAAGAUUAUGACCCAAGCAAUUAUAUGAAAAUACGUGGUGCCAAUCAAAUGGGUGUUGUCCCACCUAAUUAUAGAUGCUACAAGUGUCAUCAAGGUGGUCAUUGGAUUAAAGACUGUACGUUUGGGCAAGGUCCAGACCCUAUAGAAAUAAAAAAGAGCACUGGUAUACCAAGAAGUUUCAUGGUCCCUGUAGAGGGACCGCAAGUACAGGGUGCUAUGAUGACUCCAAAUGGAUCUUAUGCUGUUCCAGUUCUGGACCAUCAAGCCUACACCCAAAAGUCCACUCCACCAGCUCCGGUUCCUGAACCAAAACCGGAGAUUCCUGAGGAUUUACUUUGUAAUAUUUGUUCCGAUUUGUUAACGGAUGCUGUUAUGAUACCUUGUUGUGGUAACUCUUUUUGUGACGAGUGUAUUAGGAGCGUUUUACUGGAAAGUGAGGACCACGAAUGUCCAGAUUGUCAUGAAAAGGAUAUUUCUCCUGGCACUCUCAUACCAAACAGGUUUUUGCGGAAAUCUGUGGGGACUUUUAAAAAUACUACGGGUUAUGUGAAGAAGCCGGUGUACAGGCAAAAACCAGAACCAAAACCUGUGGAAAACACCGAAAUUAAAAACAACAAAGAGUCAACUCCGCCACAAGAACCAGAGUCCACUGAAAAAGCAAAAUCUGAUGCGGAGGAAAAGACCGUCAUUUCUGAAGCAGAUUCUACAGAACAAGCCAGGAAUGAUCAAAAUAUAGACUUUUCAAAGGAUAUUGAUAUCAAUGAGCCCGCAAAAUCAGAAUCGGAAUCGAUUCCAGAGGGACCACCGGGAGUGUCUCCAAGAAGUUCUCCUAAGGACCAACAUAUUCACAGGGUGAAUUCUUCCAGGGAACCUAGAGAAAGUCGUCCAAGUCGUCACACCAAACACAAGAGCGAUUCCCCAAGGAAGAACACCCGUCACCGACGAUCGCCCAACUAUAGUGACUCCGGGUCCGUUGUUUUUGCUCACAAAUCGAGAAAUGAAACCAAGACUCGAGAGGAUAGACCGGGCACCCCAACAGUUGACGAACCGACUGGGUCAAGUUAUAAUCCUCCGUCGAAUCCUCCAUUUAACAGCAGUGCCGCUCCACCAGGCACUCUUCCGCCAAUGAUGGGAAACAUGGGUGCUCUUCAGGGUCCACCACAAACGGUUCCAACCACCUACUCAAACCAGGCACCAUUGGCACCUUUUCCGCCGACACAAGGACCUCCUCCGAAUUUCAGGCUACCACCCCCUGGAACGGUGCCCCCACCUUAUAUGCCCCCCGGACCUUAUUCCGUUCCUCCGAGAGCCUUGUUCGACACAUCUAGACCUCCCCUCGGAGGCCCACCACCGUCGUAUCAGAACUUUCCUCCUGGCGCCAGGGGCCAUCGGGACUACGGAAGAAGGAUGAGAGAACGGACACCCCCGGGUGUGAUAGACGAUCCUCUGGCAGCGUUCAAUAAGAUGCUGAGGGAGAAAGACGAGCGCGAGCGAAGGGCCAAGCAGAGGAACAUGAGGCGCAGCUACAGCAGGAGCCGUAGUCGCAGUAGGAGCUUCAGUAGGUCACCGGUGAGGAGGAGAAGCAGGUCUCCCAGGAAUGUGCGUCGAUCCAGGAGCCGAUCUAGAUCAUUCUCGCUGAGCAGGUCUCGGUCUAGAUCGUUUUCGGGCAGUCUUAGAGGAUCGCCUUACAGGCAACUGUCUCCUCCACGGCGGUCACCACCGCCCCCUUUGCCUCCCCGGAGGGGACCCUCUAGGUAUCGGUCGCCUAUACGAUCACCUCCAAGGGGCCGUCACCAGAACGACAGGCACCGCGACCGAGACUACGAGGACGACCGGGACCGGGACUACAACAGGGACGACCGCCCCUUCAAGGAUAACCGACGGGGCAGAGAGUCUAGAGACCGGCGAUCGAGAGAAAGAGACCGCGAUCGCUACUACGACAACUACGAGGACAGGAGGGGCCCCUCGAGGCAGCCCCAGUGGCAACAACCGACCGCCAUGCCGCCGAGGCCUAUGCAAGACAACUAUUAUGCUCCUCCCGACCUGCAGCAAGGAUUCCAGACUAACAGGUAUCCCCAAGUGCCACCUCGCGACUUUGGUCCGCCUUUCAUGAACAAAGAACCUCCAUUUAAUCAGCCUCUACCUCAAACAAUACACAGCAUCCAACCCCAACGGCAUUAUGAAGACAUUGCGCCGCCUGGGGUUGAUGACGACAUAGCACCACCUGGGGUUGAAGAACCUCUUUUCAAAAUUUCAGAAUCUAAAGAUCACCGCAACAGCCCAAGAAACGACGAUAAAGGCAAGGAAACCAAUGAUAGUAAAAGAAGCGGUGAUAAGAAAGAGCGAGAUAGAUCUCCAGAUAGAAAACGUCGACAUGAAAAAAGAAGCAGGACUCCUGAUAAAGCCAGAAAUCCUAGUCCCAAACGAAAGUCUAAAUCCAAAGAAAGAGAUAGUCCUGAUAAACACAGACGGAGACGAAGGGAUUCCUCUGACAGGGAAGAGAAGGAUAGAAGGCGCGACCAUUCUGAUGACGAAAGAUCAAGAAAAGGGAAAGACAAAAAGAAACACAAAGACAAAAAGGAAUCGGAAAAGAGAAAGAAAAGGGACAAGAAAGAAAAACAUAAAAAGGAUAAUAAAGAAAAGAAAUCCAAAGACGAAUUUAAACAAGUAAUACCUAAAAAUAUCGAUGAGGAUUCAGAUCAAGACAAGCGACAACAGGAAGAGAAAAAGAAAAGGGAAUUAGAAGAAGAGAGACAAUUGGAAGAAAAGAGAUUGGAAGCUAUCAAAGAAGAGGAACAGGCUCUAAAAGAGGAGAAGAAAAGAAAACCAGUAGAGGAAGAGAAGGAAAAGGUUGUUGUGGUUGAAGAAAAGAAGAAAAAACCAGUUAGUCCAGAGCCGGAAGAACAGAAAAUCGACUUACAGAAACUUGACUUGUACGAAGAUAUGUUAUCGGAAGAAAUUGACACCAAGGUGAUAGAAAACUAUGGAAAGAUAGAAGACAUAUUUGAGGAGGAAAGCAAAGAAGAUAUAAUAGAAUUGGCCAGUGUGGAAGAAGUGGUGGAAGAGGGAGAGAUAAAAGAAUUUGAGGAUGAAGAAAAAGACGUACUCGAGUUACACACAACUGACAUGGACCUAAAAGCAGAAGUGGAUAAAAGCGACAUCCUCGCACCCGUCCCAGAAAAAUCCAAAUGGGAAGUGGAAGAAGACGGCCAAGUACUCACUAGUCCUCAGGAUAGCCACAAAUCAGACUCUAAAUCCGACAAAUCGGGAAAAGUAACUAACGAAGUAUUAAAGAGGGCCGAAAAUGCUAUCUUUGCUAAAGCCAUCAAUGCCAUCCGGCCCAUUGAAAUCAAGAAAAUUAGUACCGAUAGGGCUAAGUUAUACUCGGGAGAACGAGAGAUUGAAAAGGGGCACAACCAGAUACAAAUCACUGUUGCGUCAGCUUCUGUAGAUGCCAAGAAAACGGAUCCACCCCAACCACCCGUAAGAUUAUCGGUGAAAGAACGUUUAGGCAUUAAAGUCGAGGAUACGGAUAAAGUGAUUAAUUUAGCUAGGAACAGAUCCCGAACUAUCUCGCCAUUCAGUAGGAGAGGAGAAAGCGGCAGAAACUACGCAAUGGGAGAGAGGAGAGUAGAGGUAGAUGAAUUCAGAGGACACAGAGACAGAAACAGGAGAUCUAGGUCUAGAAGAAGGGAGAAUAGCAGGGAACGUUUCCGGAAUAGAAACGACAGUAGACACCACAGAAGGCACGACAACAAAAGAAGCGAUCGUAGAAGGGAACACAGCAGCAGAAAAGAGGAAAGGAGUAAGCACGACGAGGACAAAAAGACGAAAAGAAAGAGGUCUAGGUCGCGUAGCGAAAGCGAAGACCGAAAAGAUAAACAUAAGAAGAAAGACAGGAAACAGAAGAAGGAAAAGCCAAAAAAGAACAAAGAUGAAGAUUCAAAAGAAAGCAAAGAUGAAAAAGACGAGGUCAAACCUCAACCCAACGUUACAAAACGUAAACCAACAAUCGAUGAGGCAAAUUUCGAGCCGGAUUACGAUCUUGAAUCGCAUACGGACGAAGAGGAAGAAAAAGAGAAGAAAAAGGAGGUUAAGAAACACGCGGAAAAGGAAGACGUCGAGAAAAAGAGCUCUUCUUCUGAAUCCGAUUCAGAAUCUAGUUCUGAAGAGGAUCGGAAGAAGAAGAAACAUAAAAAACACAAAAAGAAGAAGAAGAGGGAGACGAGCAGUAGUAGUAGUUCGGAGUCUGAAUCAGAUUCCAGCGAUAGCGAGAGAGACCGCAAAAAGAAGAAGCACAAAAAGAAUAAAAAGAAGAAGAAAAAAUCCAAACAUAAGUAGUAUGCAGACAAGGAUAGGCUAUUGUAUAUUACUUUACUAUUAAAAGGAGUAGGUAGUAAUUUAUAAUACUUCAUCAUAUAAUUUUUUUGUACAUAGCUUGGUAUUAAUGCUAAGGCACUAGUGAAAUGGAAAAGUACUUGUGUAAUCUUAAUAUAAUAAAUC